AAGAGGUCGGGCGCGACAAGGAGGCCAACCUUACUUAUCUAAAUAAGUAACUACCUCCCCCGAAUUUCUCCUACUAUCUCUACUUCAUAGGUAUCAACAAACUCCCAAAUAAAGGGAAUGGUUAUCAUCAACAAAGGUUCAGUUAGUUCACUUUGAAAGAACGAUGGAAAAAGAAUGUGAGGGAGGUGCGGUGGGAAUAGAUCUUGGCACAACAUAUUCUUGUGUUGCAGUGUGGAUUCAACACCACAACAGAGUUGAGAUCAUUCACAACGAUCAAGGCAAUAAAACAACACCUUCCUAUGUUGCUUUCACUGACAAACAAAGGUUGAUCGGUGAUGCUGCUAAGAACCAAGCUGCAAUCAACCCUACCAACACUGUCUUUGAUGCUAAGAGGAUGAUUGGCAGAAAAUUUAGUGACCCCAAUAUUCAGAAAGACAAACUUCUGUCGCCAUUCAAAGUCAUUUCCGGUGUUGAUGACCAACCAACAAUUGUUGUACAGCACAAGGGUCAAGAGAAACGCCUUUGUGCCGAGGAAGUCUCCGCUAUGAUUCUUAUGAAGAUGCGCAAGAUUGCAGAGGCAUAUCUAGAGUCACCUGUGAAGAAUGCAGUUAUUACUGUACCUGCAUUCUUCAAUGAUUCUCAGCGCAAAGCCACCAGAGACGCCGGCGCCAUUGCCGGCCUUAAUGUUAUGAGGAUAAUCAAUGAGCCUACUGCUGCAGCUAUUGCUUAUGGCCUCGACAAGAGAUCAAACUGUGUUGGAGAAAGGAACAUUUUUGUCUUUGACCUUGGUGGUGGUACAUUUGAUGUAUCACUACUUACCAUCAAAGAUAAGGUGUUCGAAAUGAAGGCUACAGCUGGAAAUACUCAUCUGGGUGGAGAAGACUUUGACAACAGAAUGUUAAAUUACUUUAUGCAGGAGUUCAACAAGAAGAACAAUCUGGACAUAAGUGGAAAUUCAAGAGCAUUGAGGAGGUUGAGAAAUGCAUGUGAAAGGGCGAAAAGAGUACUCUCUUACAAUGCGGAUGCCUUCAUCGAAAUAGACUGUUUAUUUCAAGGCAUUGACUUCUGUUCAUCAAUCGCUCGAACUAGGUUUGAGGAACUCAACAUGGACCUCUUUAGAGAGUGCAUAGAUACUGUAAAUAAGUGUCUUACUGAUGCAAACAUGGACAAGAACUGUGUGGACGAUGUUGUCCUUGUUGGUGGCUCAUCUAGGAUUCCUAAAGUGCAGCAACUAUUGCAGGAAUUCUUCAAUGGAAAGGAUCUGUGUAGGAGUAUCAACCCUGAUGAAGCUGUUGCGUUUGGCGCAGCAGUUCAAGCUGCUUUGUUGAGUGAAGGCUUUAAGAAUGUGCCAAAUUUGGUGCUGCAUGAUGUUACUCCGCUGUCACUUGGAAUAUUAACUAGAGGAGAUCUGAUGCAUGUAAUGAUUCCUAGGAAUACUACUAUUCCUGUGAAGAUGAAAGACGUAUUUGUUACAGUAAAUGAUAAUCAGACCGUUAUACGGUUUGAUGUUUAUGAGGGUGAGAGGACAAGAGCCACUGAUAACAGCUUGUUGGGUUGGUUUAGGCUUUCAGGCAUACCUGAAGGUCCUAAAGGUCAUGGUGUAAUGGUAACCUUUGAUAUUGAUGCAGAUGGUAUCUUAAACGUAACUGCUGAAGAUAAAGCAACUGGCAACAGCAAUGAGAUUACAAUAAGCAAUAAUACAGGACGAAUGUCGCAGAAGGAAAUUGCGAGAUUAAUUCAAGAAGCUAAAGAUUAUGAGGCUGAAGACAAAAAGUUUCUGGAGAAGGCUAGAGCAAGAAAUGAUUUGGAUGAUUAUGUUUACAAAAUUGAAAAAGCUUUAAAAGGUAUGGCAAAGGGCAAGGGAAUUAUCACUGAUGCAAUUAUUAAGGCCAAGAGUUUGCUUUAUGGUGGUCGAGAUCAGCAUGAAAAAGAUGUGUUCGAGAAGAAUCGCAAGGAGCUUGAGAUCGUUUUUGAGCCCAUGAUGCCAAGAUUGGAAAAUUAAAUCAUUGAUUUUCUGCAUGUUAAGAUCU